AAGAAUUAACGCAUUUUCCUUGUUGUCUUCGAAGGUCACAAAUUGAUCUAUAUAAACUAGGGUGUAUCGGGGAAUGAGUUAUAGUUUGUCUUUUAGUUUCUAACUUAAAUAACUAUGAAAUAUCUGCUUGCAACUUUGGCCCUCUGCGCAUCAGCUUACGCUGGAGGUAUUAUCCUCAAAGGCCCAUCUGGAAUCAUUACCCCAAAUGGCCCAAUUGGUCCUGAUGGAAGAGGUGCCGGAAAUGUAGGUGGAUGGGGUGGUAAUGGAGGCUGGAACGGCGGAUGGGGUGGUGAUGAUGGCCAAUGGAGAGGAGGAAACGGUGGAAACCAAAUCAUCUUGAAAGGACCCUCAGGAGCUAUCACUCCCAACGGACCCAUUGGACCCUCUGCUCUAGGUCUUGGCGCUGGUGCUGGUGCCGGCAUUGGAGGUUGGGGUGGUGAUGACGGUCAAUGGCGCGGAGACGGUGGUGCCUGGAACAACGGAGGAUGGGGCGGAAAUGGUGACGAUGGUCAAUGGCACGGUGACAAUGGUGCAUGGAACGGUGGUUGGGGAGGUGAAGACGAUGGCCAAUGGCGCGGUGACAACGGUGCCUGGAACGGUGAUGAUGGUGAUGACGGUUCCUGGAGAGGCGAUGGAGGUUGGGGUGGUCAUGGACAAUGGUGAGGGUCUCGCUACCAGCCAGAAUUACAUAGUUUAGUGUAAAUAAAUUUAGUUAGCUAAAAGACAAUGUAACUAUCUUUCCUUUUUUUUGUAAAUACCUACAUCUUUUUCUUGUCACAAAUAAAACCUUUUAAAUAAAAUAAU